GCGAGGAAGUUCCGCCGCUAGGAGCAAUGGCUGCUCGCACCUCUGGCCAGUUCCACUACGUACGGUACAACGUCGGGGGGCCCGCCAUCUACCACGAGAGGCUCACGUUGCUGCCAGGGUACAUCCUCACCCCCGACGAUGACGACUACCCGAAGAGCGACAUGGCUGGUGGCGACUUGAGAUCAGUGCAUGACUCGGCGGGCCAGGGCGACGCGAUCGUCGGAGUCGCCGCCCAUAGCCUCUACAAGUUCAGACGGCUGCCGUCCGCAGCCGUCGUCUGGGCUGCUGUGCGCCGCGGCGUCGCUCAAGGCCACGGACCUCUGCCGCCGUCGCCCUUCAGCCUCGAGCUCAGCGCCGACAACGUUCUGGGCGUGGCGGCGGGGGCGCUGGCCUUGCCCGACCCGCUCGGAGCGGCGCCCGCUGCCGCAGCGCCUGGCGCGCUGGCCUUGGCGGGCGCGGCCGCGCCCCCCGCGGGCGCCCCUGGGCCGCCCGCCGCGGUGGCCGCGGCGCCCGGGGGCGGGGCGGGCGCGCUGGCGGCGGCGCUCGGUGCGGGGGGAGCCGCCCUGCCUGCUGCCGCGGACCCUUUGGGCGUCGGCGGCGCCGCCGUGGCCCCCGCCGCCCCAGGCGUCGCGGGGCCUGAUCCCCGCGUGAUGGCCACCGUGCUCGACGCCCGUGGGCUGCGGGACAUGCCCUUCAGUGGCGCCGUGAAGCGCCAGACCGAGACCGCCCGCGCCGACUGGCCCGUGAGGGGCCCAAGGACCACGAUGUGGGUGCUCCACUUCAUGCUGCGCAUGGCUGGCGGGGCGAUGGCGUGGCACAACCGCUGGAUGGCCAUGACGCAGGCCCUGGAGACGGGCGACGCCGCCAAGCUCCACGAGACGCUGUGCCGCGUCAUCGAGACCUCGCUCUGCCACGACCAGCUGAUCAUCUGCGAGCUGGCCUCCUACGAGUUCCUGUCGCGGCAGCUGCAGUUGGUGGAGGAGCGCUUCUUCGAGGGGCGCGCGCGCAGGACUCAGCCUGCGCCCAAGGCCAAGGGCCAGGCCAAGGACGGCGCCACGUCCGCGGCCGCCGAGGUCUCCUCGGAGAUUGGCCACUUCCUCGGCACGGGAGAGACGAUGGACAACUCGUGCAUUUGCCCAGCCUUGAUGGAUUGGAUCGCCGACCAGAUGAAGAGUGAGGAGGGGCCUUGCGACGUGUCACCGGUUCGUGAGCCUGGCCAGCUUGGCCCCGAGCCUUUCGAGGCCCCACCUGGCUUGGAGUCGCCCAGACGAGGCGCGAGCUGGAGAGAGUGGUGCAACGAGGGGUUGGCUGCUCUCAACUGGCUCCACUGCGGCAAGGGCGAGCCCUCCAUGCCUGACGACGGGGGGCCACCGCCUGCGGCCGAGGCAGCCUCAGUGGACUACAUCGCGGGCUUGUACCGCGACUUCGAGCUGCCCGCCGCCUACUCGGAGAGAGGCCGCGAUUGCGAAGCAUCCCUCGUAGAGAUGCUCGCGCGGGCACCUGGCUACGCUGGCGACAGCGGUCGUGUGCGCCCCUUCAGCAUGCCACUUGUGGCCUGGCCCGAGUCGACGAAGGCAGUCUCCACCUGCGGCGUCGUCUCCGAGGCCGACUCCAUCGUGCUGCAGGAUUGGAGGCAGGGUAUGCUGAAUCCAGAGUCGGCGGCGGCGGAGCUCCGUGAAUCGUUGGGGGUUAAUCGCCCCUAUGUGGAUCCUGAGCUGCGCUUUAAGCCGAAGUCCUACGCUGAGUUUUUGAAGCAGCUGGAGGCCCGCGACAUGAUCACCUGGCGGGUCUCCAGCGAGCAGGCACCCUUCUCUACUGGUCUUUUCUUUGUGCUGAAAGCUAACGGCAAGCUGAGGCAGGUGUUCGACACCAGGCUGGCCAACUGCAGCUUCUCGUGCCCACCAGCCACUCGCCUGCCCACGCCCAGCGCGUGGGCCAGCCUU